CAAAACCAAAACCAAAAACUUCUCCGGUUUGGUAAGCUUACUCAAGCCAACUAUAUCCUCCGGAGUCCGGCCACACAGUCGCCUGCGAAAACCCUCUCCGGUCCGUUUCUCGUUCGGACUUCGGCUGCUUCAAGCUCAAGUUCGUCGAUUGAAAGCUUAGCAUUGGUGAUUCUGACUCCGGCUCGUUUCUGAGUUCUGGUUUUCGCGACGUUAUCUCCGACGCUGAGUCCUCUUUUGCUGGCUGUUGCGAACGGGUUUUGCUUGUAUUGCCUUUUAGUGUUUAGUUCUUAUGCUGGUUAGAGGCGUGAUCUCGCCGUUGGUUUUGUUGGAAUAUCGCAGAUCUAACUCGUCGAGGUUGAAUCCACGAAGUCGGUGAUGUCGGCUUUCGCUGUUUUGAAUGCUAGAAGAGCAUCGAGAAAGAUCCAGUCUGUUUUGCUGAAACUUGCUUUUGCUCUAUGUUAUGCUAUUUAUGUCACUGAUGCUAGCUUGGCUAAUAAUCUAGUCGACACAGCAACACCAUAUCCUGCUGGCACACCCCAGGCUGCAGCAGCUGUUCCUGAUAUUCCCCUGCCAGUUAAUCCACCACGGUUGCAUAGAUCAAAACACAGGCAUUACCCACCUCACGCGUUAGCACCAGCCCAUCCUCCUUCCUAUGGUCCACUAAUUACUUCUAGUCAUCCCCCAACAAGCCCACAUUUGUCGAAACCAUUGAAGAAGAGAAGUGCUUUAGUGCCUUCCAGUGCUGGUUUGGCAAAUAUUGCCCCAUCACGGUCUGGUUCUGGUGCACUUCCUGCUGGUUUAGCUCAACCGCCAUUAUCUCCUGAUGCCUCAAAUUGUUGCAAGCCAGACACAGUUUUGAAACGAGGGAGUCAUGGUUGCCAUUGUGUGUAUCCCAUAAAGAUUGAUCUUCUCCUUUUAAAUGUCUCACAAAGCCCAGAUUGGAAUAUUUUUCUAAAUCAAUUAGCUUUCCAGCUUGAUUUGCAAGUUUCUCAAAUUGAGCUAAACAAUUUUUAUUUAGUCAGCUUAUCAAAAUUAAAUAUUUCAAUGGAUAUUGUUCCAAGCAUGGGGAUUGGUUUCUCGGCCAGCAAUGCGUCUGCAAUAAACUCUAAACUUGCCUCACAUAGGGUUAAAUUUGACCCAAAAGUUAUUGGCAAUUAUAAACUCCUGAAUCUUACCUGGUUUGCCCCACCUGCACCUUCUCAAGCUCCCACCUUAGCUCCGGAGCCUGUAGAAGCACCUGCAUAUCACUCCUCAACUUCUACACCACUCAAUGUUUCAAAGAAAGGAAAUCAUUCCAACCUGAUUCUUAUUUUUGGGAUUUCUGCUGGCUUACUGGUUGUUGCUAUUAUCUCUGUGCUUAUAAUUUGCUCACGAGCAUUCCGUGAGGGAGAAACUGAAGCAUCUCCUGGGGAAACUGUCAAGCCAAGAAGUGCAGAUGCUGUACCAACAGCAGGAUCCAUUCCCCACCCAAGCAGUACAAGGUUUAUAGCAUAUGAAGAACUUAAAGAAGCAACAAACAACUUUGAACUUGCAAGCAUCCUUGGUGAAGGUGGGUUUGGCCGAGUAUUCAGGGGUGUUUUAAAAGAUGGUACUGCUGUGGCAAUUAAAAGGCUAACAAGUGGAGGGCCGCAAGGGGAUAAAGAGUUCUUGGUGGAGGUUGAGAUGCUUAGCAGGUUGCAUCACCGUAAUCUUGUGAAACUCAUAGGUUAUUAUACUAAUCGCGAUUCUUCACAGAACCUACUUUGUUAUGAACUUGUUCCAAAUGGAAGCUUAGAGGCGUGGCUCCAUGGUCCCUUGGGAGUAAAUUGUCCUUUGGAUUGGGAUACAAGAAUGAAGAUUGCCCUUGAUGCUGCAAGAGGACUUGCUUACCUGCAUGAGGACUCACAGCCAUGUGUUAUCCAUAGAGAUUUCAAGGCAUCAAAUAUACUGCUCGAGAAUAACUUCCAUGCUAAAGUUGCUGAUUUUGGCCUUGCCAAACAAGCUCCUGAAGGCAGAACAAAUUACCUGUCUACUCGCGUGAUGGGAACUUUUGGGUAUGUGGCCCCUGAGUAUGCUAUGACUGGGCAUCUACUGGUAAAGAGUGAUGUUUAUAGCUAUGGAGUUGUCCUUCUUGAGUUGCUGACUGGAAGGAAGCCUGUGGAUAUGUCACAACCAUCAGGACAAGAGAACCUUGUAACUUGGGCACGGCCAAUUCUAAGAGACAAGAAUCGCCUGGAAGAUCUUGCAGAUUCAAGGCUUGGGGGGAAGUACCCAAAGGAAGAUUUUGUACGGGUGUGCACAAUUGCAGCUGCUUGUGUGGCUCCUGAAGCAAAUCAGAGGCCCACAAUGGGAGAAGUGGUACAGUCACUGAAAAUGGUUCAGCGUGUCACAGAGUACCAGCACUCCACGUCAUCUUUUUCCAAUGCCCAUCCCAACCUGAGACAGUCAUCCACGACUUUUGAGUCUGAUGGUACAUCCUCCAUGUUCUCUUCUGGUCCUUGCUCUGGUCUAAGUGCCUUUGACAAUGACAACUUUUCGCGGACUGCAACUGCCUCAGAAGAUCUUCAUGAAGGACGAUGAGCACCCCCUUAAGAAGUAAGUGUUUUACGAAUACUCUCAUUGAAAUUGAUUAGUUUGGAAUAGGAUAGGAUUUUAAUAAACGUCAUUGUUUUCUCAAAAUUGAUGGGUGGGGAAUGGGUGCUUGUCUUUAGAGAACCAGAACCACUGUUAAGUUUCCCCUGGACAGUGGAUCUCGACAUGGUGCAUCAAAUUUUGAGUGUACAUAAGCCACGUAGCUUAUUUUGUUGUAUUGCCUCGAGGGGUUAUAUUUAAUCCGUAUUCAUCUUAUUCUUUUCUUCAUCACCUCGAUCUUGAGUUUUAGC